GCGGGAUAAGGUGUGGGAGUGAAACCGCACGAUUCCUGUAAACAAUACAAAAAUAAACACUGCAAGGUUAUGGUUGUCGAUCGGGCCUGCUGACUUCGUUCGUAAAGCGCCGUGUAGACGAAGUCCAAUAUUGAUCUUUUAGGUUAGAUCCCAGUGGACGUACAUUUCAGCGGUUCUAGUGGGGAUCAGACAUCGUGUUUAAUACGCUGUGCGACGUCCGCGUUCACCGCUUUAACAAACAGUUGAAAAUCGUUUGGUUAAAGGGGAAAAUAAAGGUCAGUUGAUCCGCAUUAAAAAGACAGUAGUGUAUUUCGGGUGGCGUAGUUUUGCAAGCUGUGCGCGACAUAGCCUAUUUUCUUCGAAUCCAUCAAAUCAUCGGGAGCUCCGAGCUGUCGGCCUGACAAAAGAGCGAGUUAUGGCAGUUCCGCUCGCUUGUACAAGAUUCAGCGAUAAUUACGACUUGAAAGAAGAACUAGGGAAAGGUGCAUUCUCGGUAGUUAGAAGAUGCGUGCAAAAAUCGACUGGUUUGGAAUUUGCCGCCAAAAUUAUAAAUACGAAAAAAUUGUCCGCAAGAGAUUUUCAAAAGUUAGAAAGAGAGGCGAGAAUCUGCAGAAAACUUCAGCACCCGAAUAUAGUGAGAUUACACGAUAGUAUACAAGAGGAGAAUUUUCAUUAUUUAGUGUUUGAUUUGGUAACCGGUGGUGAAUUGUUCGAAGAUAUUGUAGCGAGAGAAUUUUAUUCGGAAGCAGAUGCAUCGCACUGUAUACAACAGAUUCUAGAGUCCGUAAAUCACUGUCAUCAAAACGGCGUAGUACAUAGAGAUCUCAAGCCGGAAAAUCUUCUGUUAGCCAGCAAGGCGAAAGGAGCGGCUGUGAAACUGGCUGAUUUCGGACUGGCGAUCGAGGUGCAGGGGGAGCAACAGGCAUGGUUCGGGUUCGCUGGUACCCCCGGCUAUUUGUCCCCGGAGGUGCUCAAGAAGGAACCUUAUGGGAAGCCGGUGGACAUCUGGGCUUGUGGGGUCAUACUCUACAUUCUGCUCGUCGGUUAUCCACCGUUUUGGGACGAGGAUCAACACCGAUUGUAUGCCCAGAUAAAAGCCGGGGCUUAUGACUAUCCCAGUCCUGAAUGGGAUACCGUAACUCCAGAAGCCAAGAAUCUAAUCAAUCAAAUGCUCACGGUGAAUCCUGGCAAAAGGAUCACGGCGGCGGAAGCCUUGAAACAUCCUUGGAUUUGCCAACGGGAACGUGUCGCUUCUGUGGUUCAUCGACAAGAGACCGUGGACUGCCUCAAGAAAUUCAACGCUAGACGCAAACUAAAGGGUGCUAUUCUCACCACAAUGUUGGCUACGCGUAACUUCUCAAGUCGAAGCAUAAUUGUGAAAAAAGGUGACGGAUCUCAAGUGAAAGAAUCGACCGACAGCUCGACCACUCUAGAAGACGACGACAUUAAAGAAGACAAGAAGGGAGGAGUCGAUCGCAGUUCAACUGUUAUUGCUAAAGAACCCGAAGGCCCCGGUACCCCUCCGCCGCAGUCUUCCAGAGCCGCACCGCCUACGUCUUCCGGAUCGCCGUCUAGUUCGGUGGUCGCUGUCCCCACCAACAACAAAACGAACGCGCUCAAUUUAGGACAGGUUUUGUUGCAAAACGUCCAAGAUAUGGAUGCUAUGCACCAGGACAUAGAAAAAUGGGUCGAAACUACAAUUAACAGGGAAAUGUUCCCCGAGAAAGGAUCAACAGAAGGGUCUCAGCUGGUGGCCUAUCAGCGGCUCGAGUCUUGCGACGACGAAAUACGGAUUGUCUGCCCGGAAAAGCCAUUUUCGCAGUUAUCUACAAAUUCUCAAUUGUCAGCUCGGCGUCAGGAAAUCAUCAAGAUGACAGAGCAGCUCAUCGAAGCGAUCAAUACCGGAGAUUUCGAAGCGUACACGAAGAUAUGCGAUCCUCAUCUAACAGCCUUCGAGCCGGAAGCGAUGGGAAAUCUAGUCGAGGGUAUGGACUUUCACAAAUUCUACUUCGACAACGUCUUGGGCAAAAAUUGCAAAGCGGUGAAUACAACAAUACUAAAUCCGCACGUACAUUUGUUGGGAGAAGACGCUGCCUGUAUCGCUUACGUGAGGUUAACUCAGUAUAUGGACAAGCACGGCCAGGCACACACCCAUCAGUCGGAGGAGAGCAGGGUGUGGCAUAAGCGAGACAACAAGUGGCAAAACGUCCACUUCCACCGCAGCGGCGGUAACGGAGGCGCCGCGUUCGGAUUUAGUUCACACAAAUAGAACUGCCUAGAGCCGUAGAUCUGUGGUCUUCGACCGGACCGCGUCUAGAGAAACCUACUGGAAAAAAAACUUCGUUUACUGUGAAAAAGUCUCUUCGUGAUGUGUGACAUUCAUAAUUUUCGAUUUUGUAUUUUUGCUUUUACGUUAUCUUACACACGUACUAUUUAUGGAUGAUGAUGUCUGUGUAACCUUACACACUUGUCGAAUUAGCUGGAGGUUCUUUGUAAAUGCCAUUUAAAGCAAAGAGUUGCGUUAAAGCACAGAGUUGCUUUAAAUGGGGCAAAAGACUUUCUUUAACUGUACUAGUCUCUCUGUUAUAGCUAAGGUUGGUGAUAUAAAUAAUUACGUUGACAUGUUUUAGUUGUGGCCAGUUCUGAUGAUGGUGUACUACCCUUUAAAAAAAAUGAUUUCUAAUAUAAUGAACACCUACAUAGAUUAUUUUUCAUUGGGUUGAUGGUGCCUUAAACAGUUACUUAACUCGAUUGGUUAGAGUUUGUUUUAUAUAAAUUUAUCCAAUUGCACCAAAAUUUGGAAGAAAGUGAGAUUUUUUAAUCAAUAUAUCCACAAAGACAAACCUUUUAAUUUUGAGUUUACAUUUAACUUCCUGGAGGUGUUCAUUGUGAGAACUUUCCCCAUUGUGUGAUUUACCAAAAAGGGGUCGCUUAUUAUUAUGCGAUCAAUUCAACCUUUCACCCUGUGGAUAUUUACUUUCAAAAACCAAGCGAUCCUGUCAAUUUUCGAUAUGACGAUUUCAAAUAGGCACUUUGGUGUGACAGUAUCCCAAAUAGUAUGCUUGAAGCUAUUGGAAAUCCAACGAAUUGCCCUUUCUGGGCAAAUGGGCUAUCCAGUGGGGCGGAGUCGCAUGUCAUUUUGGAAUCCAGGCAGACUUUAAUAAUGAAUGAAACGGAAGUAUGGAUUUUUCUUGGAACGUACAUCCAAUACAUUACAACAUACAAUACAUUCUUUUAAAAUCUAUAAAGCGUCUUUUAAGAAAUAUUGAAAAGAUAAAUAUUAAAAUGUUUAAACUGCACUGUACUUGUACUAACUACAAGCCGUUAAUAAUAACACAAUAAGCGAACAAGAUGACAGGACGAGAAUUGUUUGGUUGGGCUGUCAAGGUUUAACCAAAGUAUAUGAAUUUUAGUUUUUGGUUAGUAACGCUGCUUACUAACUCUAGACUGUACCAUCACGAAUUACCUGAACCUGUACUGUAUAAUUAUAAUUAAAAUAUAGAGCGAUCAAUUCAAAUCAGCUAUAACGUAAUAGAUCGUGACUAUAUCUGUCUGACUUUGUUUUAAAAAUCCAACAAAAAUAGGUUCUUAGAAUACUUGAAAUAAGUUUUUGGUAUGGUUUGCUUGAUUAUUAUCAUUAUAUAUAUUUAAAGGAUAUCCAAAAGAUAUCAGCUACUGGAUGUCCAGAAGUUGUACAAAAAUUAUACUCUAUUUUUAUUCAUUUCCAAUAGUUGACAUGUACUUUCUGGGAUUCAAACUAUAUUUUCGGUUCAAUGUAUUUUAUUUCAUGUCUGGUAGCUUAUUUAUUGCCACCAUUGAACUCAUAGGUCGUAACUUCUAUUUUUAAUGAUUAAAAAAAUAUUUUUAAUGAUUACGAGUAUCCUAAAAAAUACGA